UCACAUGUCUCUGGUUCUUCUUCAGAGAAGGCCAUAAACAGUUAUUUGUAGACCGGCAAGUAACAUCGUCCGAAUCUCGUAGGUUUAAAAGAUUAGAUGGGGGGAAGCUUGAAGGACGAUUCUGACACCGACGGCGACAACUCUGGCGGAGAUGUUCCUGAUUCCGAUACUUCCCUAUAUUCCGAAGGCGAAAAAGUUCUCGCCUAUCAUGGUCCGCGCAUCUACGAAGCCAAGGUUCAAAAAACUGAAUUGAGGAAGAAAGAAUGGAGAUACUUUGUCCACUAUCUUGGUUGGAAUAAAAACUGGGAUGAAUGGGUAAGGGCAGAGCGGCUGAUGAAACAUACAAAGGAGAAUGUGCAGAAGCAGCAGACACUUGAAAAAAAGCAGGGUGUAGAUAAGAACUCAAAGUCAGGGCGUGCUGGACAAUCUAAACCUAAAUCCUCAACUGAUGUUAAGACAGAAAAGGAGGACUUAAAGAACAUGGUGGCAAAAGGGAAGAAAAGAAAGACAGAGUCCGUUAUCGCGAAGGAUAAUGCGGCUAUGGAGAAGCUAGUUAAGAUCCAGAUCCCAUCAACUCUAAAGAAACAAUUAGUUGAUGACUGGGAGUUCAUUAAUCAGCAGGAUAAGCUUGUUAAACUUCCUUGUUCUCCCACUGUUGAUGAUAUAUUGACCAAGUAUCUUCAAUACAGGACAAAAAAAGAUGGCUUGAUUACCGAUUCUGUUGGAGAAAUCUUGAAUGGGUUGCGGUGUUAUUUUGAUAAAUCAGCGACGGUUAUUUUGUUGUACAAAAAGGAGCGUCAACAAUAUCGUGAAGCAGUAACAGAUGGUGUUUCUCCAUCCAGUGUAUAUGGUGCUGAACAUUUCUUGCGCCUUUUUGUUAAGCUUCCAGAGCUAUUCUCUUGUGUAAAGAUUGAAGAAGAAACAAUGGGCAGAAUUAUGCAAAAUUUAGCAGACCUUCUCAAGUUCUUACAGAAGCACCAGGGCACUUUUUUUCUCUCGGCAUACGAGUCAUCAAAAAGUAUUGAAAAAGCAAAAAGAUAAACGAGGUUUUUUUUUCUAUACACCAGCUUCAUGUAACCCUAGCUAUAAGCUAGCCACAAGGUGAGAUUUUGAUUUUGCUGACUUUGUUGUAGUUUGAUCGAUAUAGAUUUAUUUUCCGAUGAUGUUAGAACCCUAGAGUUUUCUUCUUCUUCC